AUGUUUUUGGACUCUAAUAGUUUUUGGUUUGUAACCUUGCUCCAUGCCUUGUACUGUGUGAAGAUUGCUAACUACCAACACUCACUGUUUCUCCUGCUGAAACAAAAUCUCUCCCCCAAGAUGCCCUGGCUGCUGCUGGUCUGUAUGCUGAUUUCUGUCUUCACCACUCUCCUGUAUGUUGUGCUCAGACAGAAAGCACUCCCUUCUGAAUUUGUGGCUGGGAGAAAUGGCACAGUAUUUGACAUCAAUGAGGGAGUCUUGUCUUUGGUGACCCCUUUGGUCUUGAGCUCAUUUCUCCAAUUCAUCAUUAGUGUGACUUCUGCUUCUUUGUUAAUCAGUUCCUUGAGGAGACGUAUACAGGCGAUGCAGAGGAAUGCCACUGUUCUUUGCAAUCCCCAGAUGGAGGCAUGUGGUGCUCUGAAGCUGAUGAUAUAUUUCCUCAUACUCUACAUUCUGUAUUCAAUUGCUGCCCUGCUCCAUUAUCUCCCUUCUUCUGUAGGGAUGGAUUUGGGAGCCAAGUCCAUUUAUACUGUCAUUUCCUCCAUUUACCCUCCGGGACAUUCUGUUCUCAUUAUUCUCACACAUCCUAAACUGAAAACAAAGCAAAGAAGAUUCUUUGUUUCAAUAAAUAGUGGAAUUUCAAUAAUAAAUGGUGGCUAG